AUACGUCGUAAUAGCCGUUAUCCGCUAACGAAUAUUGAUCAUCACUCGCUUCGCUGAUCUUUAGCUAAUAUUAACGUCCUCACCUUAAAACCCCAUCUCACUCUCCUGCCGACGCCGAUGCUCAGUCUGUCAAAUGAGAUCCCUCCUUGCAGCUCUCCGUUAUCUCCGCCUCAGGAUACUCAUUGGAUUGAUCCGAUUAAUUGUUCGUUUCGCAACACCCCGCUUGCAGCCGAAACCCGACAGAGUGCUCCGCGUCCCUUCGCGGGAUGUGGGACGGACCAUAAGGGCGCACUUAUACUCUUCAUCUCCCGUAGAGCCUACUGAAGUCAUAGAUUACGUGCCGCGACACGUAUUGAUCAAUUGCUGUGGCUCCGGUUUUGCACUUCCUUCCUUUGGCGCCGAUGAUCUCUUCUGUCGCGAGAUUUCUCGGCGCACUGGACAUGUUGUUUUGGACCUGGAGUAUCGGCUCGGCCCCGAAAACCCCUUUCCUGCUGCCAUUCAUGAUGUCGAAGAUGUAGUGCGCUAUGUCCUAUCGUACCCCGGCAAGUAUGACGCCGCCCACAUCUCCAUCUCCGGCUUCUCAUCUGGAGGCACACUCGCGCUGGUCGCACCGAUGCUGUUUCCAGCCCAUACUUUCCGUAACGUCGUCGCAUUCUACCCGUCAGUCAGCAUGGCGAACGAUCCAGGCGAGCGGAGAGCUCCAGUCAAAGGCCCGGACAAGGGGCGCGCACCGCUCUUUUGGACGCGGCUAUUCCGUGAAGGCUAUUUUGGGGGUAUGGACCCAAGAGACCCACGCAUCUCACCCCUUUAUGCUAAGAAAAUAAAUCUCCCGAGAAAUGUCCUCAUCUUCACUGCAGAAUAUGACGUGUCGGCAUUGGAGGCUGAACAAUUUGCGAAAAAGGCCGAAGAAGAGGCACGUUUCUCUAAUAGUCGAAUUGAACUGAGGAGAAUGCGCGAGUGUGGUCAUGGGUUUGAUAAGACCAAGCGUAACGUGGCAGCUAGGAUCGAGGCCUACAAUGCCGUCGUCGAGUUACUGAAUCACAGCUUGAGUAACUGAACGGUAUUAUGAUGUAUGAUGUUAAUGUUAUACCGCAAGAAGCUCCAUAAGCCUACAUUCAACGUCCCCUAUUAUAUCA